CUCAAAACCCAGUUGCCAUUUCUCUUUUUUUCUUUCUCCACGAUGAAAGAGUAUUGGACUUCUUUGGCUUCAUUGUUGGGCGUUUUAGCCUUUUGCCAGAGCCUCCUUCAAGUCAUAUUUCCACCGGAGCUCAGGUUUGCUUCUUUGAAAUUUCUCAAUCGUGUGUUCCAACUCUUCUCUUCUUACUGCUACUUUGACAUCACGGAAAUUGACGGCGUCAACACCAACGAGCUCUACAACGCCGUCCAGCUCUACCUUAGCUCAUCUGUUUCCAUCACCGGCAACCGUCUGAGCCUCACUCGUGCUCUCAACUCCAGCGCCAUCACUUGUGGCCUCUCCAACAAUGACUCCAUCGUCGAUACAUUCAAUGGCGUGAUGGUGCUCUGGGAGCACGUCGUCACUCAGCGGCAGGCGCAGACCUUCUCAUGGCGGCCAUUACCGGACGAGAAAAGAGGGUUCACUCUUCGGGUCAAGAAGAAGGACAAACCCUUGAUUCUUGAUUCCUACCUCGAUUACAUAAUGGAAAAGGCGAACGAAAUCCGGCGGCUGAAUCAGGACAGGCUUCUGUAUACGAAUUCCCGCGGUGGGUCUCUGGAUUCAAGGGGGCAUCCGUGGGAGUCUGUGCCGUUUAAGCAUCCGAGUACAUUCGAUACAUUAGCCAUGGAUCCUGUGAAGAAGAAGGAGAUCAUGGAUGAUCUCAAGGACUUCGCCAGUGGGCAGUUGUUUUAUCAGAAGACGGGUCGGGCCUGGAAGAGGGGUUACCUCCUGUACGGACCGCCUGGAACCGGGAAAUCCAGCAUGAUCGCGGCCAUGGCUAAUUUCUUGAGUUAUGACAUCUACGAUCUGGAAUUAACGGAAGUGCAUAACAAUUCCGAGCUGAGGAAGUUGCUGAUGAAGACAAGCUCGAAAUCCAUCAUCGUCAUUGAAGACAUUGAUUGUUCCAUCAAUUUAACGAACAGGAAGAAAAACAGCCAGAGCACCAAGAACUACUAUGACCCCGAAGUGCGAUGUGGGUCUGGUUCUGUUUGCGGUGAAGAUGGAGGGAACUCCAUAACUCUCUCCGGGCUGCUGAAUUUCACUGAUGGGUUGUGGUCUUGCUGUGGCAGUGAGAGGAUUUUCGUAUUCACUACGAACCACAUUGAGAAGCUGGACCCUGCAUUACUGAGGAGUGGGAGAAUGGAUAUGCACAUCUACAUGAGCUACUGUUCGUACCCUUCAUUGAUGAUUCUUCUGAAGAACUAUCUGGAGUACGAUGAGGCGAAGUUAAAUGAUGUCAUUUUGAAGGAACUGGAGGAGGUUGUGGAGAAGGCAAAUAUGACUCCGGCAGAUGUCAGUGAGGUUCUUAUCAAGAACAGGAGGGACAAGGACAAAGCAGUACGGGAAUUAUUGGAGGCAUUGAAGAUUAGAGCAGGGAGGAACUUGAAAAGAGAAAAGAACCCUAAUGAGGUGGAAGAGGAAGAGCAGGAGAAGAGAGCUUUGGAGAGUCCUAAAGAAGGGAGUGAAUUUGAGGCGGAAACUUGCAGUAAAGAGGAAGAGGAAGAAGAGAAGAUGAAAUGAAAGCAAGCCCAAAAAAUAUGGUGAGGAAGAAGGCAAUUUUCUCCUAUGCAAGUCAAAUGAUUUAAUUUUGUUAGUGGGGAAAUGAGAAGAAAAAGAAAUUGUUAGGAAAUCGGGCCGUAUUAAAUUACUCAUUAUGUUUGAUAUAAAUCUAUCUUAUUGAGUAGUUUGAUAAUGAAAAUAAUUUUUAUAU